UUUGGAGCUAGAUUUGGGUCUGAUCGGGUCCCAAAAUCUAACUAGCUUCCACGCGAAUUUGGAGCGUUGCCUGUGUCCUGUCGGGAAUAAGGAUAUCUCAUUCGGAAAACUGCUCAGGUCAGUUCGCGGGGCAUAGGAAGGUGCGUUGUAUCGCCGGAGCUUACAAGCAUGGCGGAUCCUGAGGAACAAAUUCUUCUUCUCGAGCGUUCUUCUAGGUUAACUAGAGGAAAGAGGAUGACUAAAUUACUAGAUGAAGAGAUAGAAGAGGAUGAACGUUUUUGGAAUCAAGAUGCUCUUAAAGAUGAAGAGAAUGAUGACAAUUACAAAGAAGAGCAAGAAGUGCCUGAUGAAUUUGAUAGUGAUUUUGAGGAGGAUGAACCUGAGCAAGAAGAUGAAGCUGAAAAUCCUGCUGAAGAUAGGUUCUCCCUUAUUAUGCUUCCAGUUAAAAAGAGGUUGAUAUUCCCUGGAAAGCAAGUUGCCAAAAAGAAAAAUAAGAAGAAGGUUCUUUCAAAGCUUGAGUACAGUUCUAAAAUUGGGAACUUUCAAGAAUCACAUAAGCCUACACAUGCUGAAAGUCAAGAUGCUACAGAUGAAUUAGAGGGUGAAAGGACGGUGAGGAAGUCGACUAGAACUUCGGUCAUUGUGAGGCAAGCAGAAAGAGAUGCAAUUCGUGCUGCAUUGCAAGCAACAAUGAAGCCAAUAAAGAGGAAAAAGGAGGGCGACGAAAAGCGAAUGACUCAAGAAGAAAUGCUGCUAGAGGCUGCCCAAACAGAGAUUAUGAACUUGAGAAAUUUGGAGCGUGUUUUGGCAAGGGAAGAAGAAGUGAAGAAAAGGGCUGUUGUUAAUAAAGCAGAAUGUGAGGGUCCUCAGAUAAGAUUUACUUCAAGAAAUGGCAAAUCGUUAUUAGACUUCAUGAAGGGUUCAUCAUUUAAAUCAGAACUUCAUACAGCUUCAGCUCCCUCAGAUUCUGGGAAAUCUCUUUGCGUUGUUACUGGAUUGCCCGCCAAGUAUCGCGACCCUAAGACUGGUUUACCUUAUGCAACAAUAGAAGCCUUCAAGAUAAUUCGGGAACGAUUCUUCAAGGAGGAAGCUCAUAAGAAGAAGCAGGUGACAAUGGACACGGGUGAUCUUCUAAAUUUAAUAUCUGGUCAGGAAUGCUUUUCAUUCAAACGCAAAAGAUCAGGGGCUGAAACAACUACCAAACCUUCAGACUGGAGAUUAGGGGCAAGGUUUAGAAGAAUACCAGCUCUUGAAAAUCUUGAUCUUGAUUAAAUAUAAAGGUGAAUGUGGCUUUCUUUUCCUUUGUCGUAUAGUUCAAAUAUGGUUAGCUACAUCAAAUCAAUCGAACACCCUAACAGAAAUUUUAUCUUCAUUUUUCAGCAAACCGAGCAACAUAUCUGUGGUUGCACCCAUGCGUUUUUAUUGUCUAUAUGAUUUAGGUAUUUUCUGUGAAAACCAAACUGUUUGAUGAUGCAAGAUUUGGAAUAUUUUUUCGCAAAAUAACAUGCAUCCCUUAUCUUAUCGAUC